UGACGUCAGCCCGGUACCGAUGAACAGCCGGUAGCGUUGAAGAGAACUGUAAGGCUGCCCGUCGUUUGUAGCUUUGUCCGCUAACCCCCUCCCUGUCAAACGUGCAAACAUCAUGCCUUUCGAUGUUAGGAGAUUCGAUAUCUACAGGAAAGUGCCAAAAGAUCUCACCCAGCCCACAUACACAGGAGCAUUCAUUUCCAUUCUCUGCUGUGUCUUCAUACUUUUCCUGUUCCUGUCUGAGCUGACGGGAUUCAUAGCCACUGAAAUAGUAAAUGAACUUUAUGUGGAUGAUCCUGAUAAAGACAGUGGUGGGAAGAUAGAUGUGAGUUUAAACAUCAGUUUGCCAAACUUACACUGUGAUUUGGUAGGUUUGGACAUCCAGGAUGAGAUGGGCCGCCAUGAGGUCGGUCACAUUGACAACUCCAUGAAGAUUCCUCUCAACCAGGGUGACGGUUGUCGCUUUGAGGGAGAAUUCACCAUCAACAAAGUACCAGGAAACUUCCACGUUUCGACACACAGCGCUACUGCACAGCCCCAGAACCCUGACAUGACACACACCAUCCACAAACUGGCCUUUGGGGAAAAGCUUCAGGUACAAAAAGUACAGGGAGCCUUCAAUGCGUUAGGAGGGGCCGACAAGCUCUCAUCUAAUCCUCUGGCCUCUCAUGACUACAUACUGAAGAUUGUUCCAACAGUGUAUGAAGACCUGUCAGGCAGACAGAGGUUCUCCUACCAGUACACGGUAGCCAACAAGGAAUACGUUGCUUACAGCCACACGGGCAGGAUCAUCCCGGCCAUCUGGUUCAGAUACGACCUCAGUCCAAUCACGGUCAAGUACACGGAGAGGAGACAGCCCUUCUACCGCUUCAUCACAACAAUCUGUGCCAUUGUUGGAGGGACGUUCACAGUCGCAGGCAUCAUCGACUCCUGUAUAUUCACCGCUUCAGAGGCCUGGAAGAAGAUCCAGAUAGGAAAGAUGUCAUGAGGAUCGCUCCUCACCUUACCCAACACAUUUUAUUUAUAAGUGCAAAGUUGCUAGCCUGUUAGCUAAAUCCAGUUCUGCUCGAACCAACUUCCUUGUGGAGAUUGUAUCACCGUGACCAAUGAAGUGGCUCCGGCACUCGAUCUAACUACCAGGCUACACGCCACUACUGCAUCUCAGUUACUGGGGCUCCUCUCAGGCUCCCAUCUGCUCUGCUGACGUGUGGACGCUGACUAUCACAUGUCUGCUUCCUGCAUCUUCAGUGACAGGAGAGGAGAGGAGGGGGAAGCUUUUUUGUUACUGUGGAGAUGAAAUCUAAAGUACUGUGUGUCAGGGUUCAACCAGUAUGGGUGUUUGAAGGCUGCAGCUGAUAUUUUUAGAAUGAAGUAAAAAAAAAAAAAAAAAAA